AUGACUACGCAACCUUCUGAUUCUGCACAAUCAACAAACUCAUCAAAUAAACAUGUAUUGGAACGAUCAAUUAUUCAACAGCCACCCAACUCUUUAGGCUUCCAAGUUUCACCCGUUUUAAUAAGACACGAAGAUCGUGUUAAACUUGGUCAUUUCGGUUGUUUGAGUGAUUGUAUGGAAUUUAUAGUUAAAAGUCGUGUUAUUCAAAAUCAGUGUUGCUCUGAAAUGAGACGCAUCUUAGGCGGCAUAUCAAAAACUAUGAAUGAUGAUCAAUUACCAUGGUUGCUUGAUGGUUAUGGGGAGUUAUUUGAAGUUAACCUCAACAUCAUUCAGUUUUAUGAUGACUCGGCAAUUGAUGAUAACGAAAUUCUUCAAUUCCUAAAUGAUUCAGACAAUGGUGUGCAAUCUAGAUAUCCAAAUUUUGUCAUCAUAAUGCAUCAAACUAGAAAAAACUUAUUUGCACCAUUAUACGUCGCUGCUACUGAUGGUUCCUUACAAACUUCUUUUCCAAUAAAUGAUAAAGGCAUCAUCGAAGAUAUCUAUCGUUUUUUUCAAGAAAGAAACUCUAAAAAAUCUAAAAAUUUACCAUCCAAAAUGUGCAACAUUGGCAAUAACAAUCAAUGCAUGGAAAAUGCUAAUAAUUCUGAAAAUAUAUGUAUAUAUAUUACAGCUUGUGAAAAGAAUAUUAUGAUGCCAGCUAGUGAAGCAGUUGGACAUAAUCUUCAACUUAUUCAUCAACUUAUUAAAAACUCUGGUAUUCCACUGGAUCAUAUUUCAAUUCCAAUAAACUCAAUUCUUCCAGCAUUGAAUGCUUUUGAUCAAUUGUCUAAUAAUGAUACAAUCAAAAUAGUAGCAGAUAAGUUCCAUUCAAUCUUGGAACUUCUUCAAGUUGCUAAAAGUCCUUCUCGUGGUGAACAUUUUUCUACGAAAUCUUUUAAAAUUUUAUCUUUUUGUAUUUCCACAGUGGAAGAAGUUGAAGCGAGUUCAUCAAUAGGCAUUUAUAGCAACCAGAAUUCUUCGGGUAAAUCUAAAAAAAUAGAACUGUUUGCAUAUAGAAUUUAUAUCAUAUUAUUAGCGUCAAAUAAUACGAAAAACACUAAAUCUUCAAAACGAAUUCGUACCGAUCAAUCUCCAUCGAGUGAAGCCCAAUCAUCCACUAAUUCGAAGCGUCUAGCAACAUCUGAAAAUAAUCAAAAAAGCAGCACGCUAAUAUUAGACUACGAUCCGCCGGAAAUUUUACGAGAACCUGCUCGAUAUCAACAUGUUCGCAUGUCGAGUGAUCUUAAAAAGCGUCAACUUCAGAUAAUUCAAGGAGGUGGUCAAGAUGCUCGACAACGAACUCAUGUUAUGGUUAAACAAGGAACUGAAGAAGAAGAUUUAUUCAAAAAGGAAAAUAUUCAUAAUAUAUGUAAACUUGAAUUUUGUUUCUGCACUCCAUUGGAUUCUGAUAAAUAUGAAUCCGUUUCAAAUGUUGCCUAUUCGACAGUUAUUGAAGAUGGCGAUGGCCCUGUUAAAAUCGAUUCAGAUAUCAGUCUAGAAAAAAAAUUAUGUGAACGAGGUGGUCAGAUCAUAAAUUUUGGAUUAAAUGUUAAAUGUCUCAAAAAAGGUAGGAUUGCAAAAUUAGUUAUUCAACCAAAUUUCACAGUACAUUUUUGUAGGCUUUUCUAUUUUAUGCAAUGA